AGUUUCGAAUUUACAGAAAAUAAAAUAAAUAAAUUUUCUUGCACUCACCCGAAAAAAACGUAAAAAGAAAACCUAAAAACAAAGUCAAAUAAAUAAAAGCCGGGUGGGGGGUGUCUCUUUACGUCUCACAACAUUCUCAUAGAAGCCGUCUUCCUCCUCCUCCUGCAAUCUCUCUCAAUCGGGCAUCUUAUCCGCGAUUCCAAUGUCGAGCCGUUGGUUGAGACCCGAGGUGUAUCCGUUGUUCGCGGCUACGGGAGUUGCGGUUGGGAUCUGCGCGUUUUCAUUGAUCAGAAACAUCACCGGCAAUCCUGAAGUUAGAUGUACCAAGGAGAAUAGAGCUGCUGGGAUCUUGGAUAACCAUGCAGAGGGAGAGAGGUACAAGGAGAAUUUCCUGAGGAAGUACGUUCGCAACAAGCACCCAGAGAUCAUGCCUGGAAUCAACAAGUUCUUCACUGAUCCUAAAUAUUGAAUCACAACAUUCUCUCCCCUUUGCACCUCUUUGUUGUUAUAUUGUUUCUGGAUUUUUAAUCUCUUGCCUGUGAUAUUUUGUCAAAUUUCACAUUGUGAUGUUAUCCUCCAGCUGAGAUGACUUCUUCUUAUGCUGCUGGGGUCUUAUCUUGUCGCUUUUAUGCAGAUAAUAAGAAAACUACUUCUAAGUAUUAAUAAAUUCACGUUUGGAAA